GUAACACAUCCAGCUGGUCAUUCGUGUGCGACGGAAUUUGAUUGUGUGCCUCCCUGCGGAGAAAUGAAUGUCAGACGGCCUCGCUGCUUGUUUGACGGAAUCGAACUCAAAGACGCUUCACAUGCCUCCGUGCCAGCGUGUUGUGGACACGCACAGACAGCACAUCUGUGUGUGGCCGUUAGACAAGCUUGCCGAAUGAGUGAUGGCGUGACCAUGGACUCUCUCGCCUUAUGGUCAAUUCACUCAUUCUCGCGUUUCGUCAUCCGGCUGCCCACGCACACGUGCUCACAUGCUCUCAUCAUGUCGCACAUGAGCGUGCACAGCGUCGCGACAAAGCGACGAGACGCGAACCCGACAAACGCUUGGUUACAACUACACUGCUGUCUGUUUCGGUCAGCAUGCCCUCCUUCCAUGCCAUCAGCAAAGGCAUAGGGGUCACACCCCACACCACACACCCCUCUGCACUGCACACACGAAGCACCCACCCACCCUUGUUGUGCUGCAGGCUACUCGAUAGACUCGACAAAGUCCCUUCUGUCGGGUGCGAUCCAGUUGCCGAGGUAGAAGGGGUUCCACAUCACGCCGAAGAAGAAUAUCAGCCCGAAUGACAUGUAGAGGGGAGAGUGGUUGACGCGGUACGAGCUCUCCCCGUGGCGCUUGUUGGGCAGAAUUUCCUUGCCGCGGACCAGGGUGUGAGUCCACUUCCACGCAGUCCCGGUCUUCACCUCCUGGCCACGCUCUGUCCAAACCAACCAAGCCCAGCGCGCCAUGGCUUGUUCGUUCCAGAGCGGGUGGGUAUCCUACCUCCGCCGUAGAAUUCAGGGUCGACUGUGGACACGCGGAGCAUCAUGCUGGGCAGCUUCUUGAUGCGCGCCUUGUCCGCACUCUCCUCGCGGCUCUUAGGCACCGGGAAGGCGCCCCCCUUGAUGCCAAAGAUCUGAUGGAUGGACGCAAGGGACAAACAAAGCAUGGCGGGCAGGGUGGGGGUGAAUGAAUGAAUGAAUGACUGGAUGGAUGGAUGGAUGGAUGCCGCAGAGACCCCACCGACCCCACCGACAGACUGACCGAUAGUGGCAUGGCUUUGACGUGGAAGGGGACCUUGCUCUCCUCAUGCUUGCCGGGCUUGACCUCACUCGUAAACUCGGUCGGAUUCUGACGCGCAGCCAAACCACACAACACGGAGAUGGAUGACAGAUGAGGGCCCCUCAUUCAUCAUGGACCUGGGGCCACUUACUUUGAACUUUAUGAUGUUGUAGUAGGCCUGAGCCUGGAACUCCUUUGCCAGGAGCUUGAAGAACAUAUCACGCCCCUCGCUGUAAGGGUGCAACAUCUGGCGAUACUGAUCUGACACACACACCGACACACACCGACACACACACACACACAGAUGGUGACUCCUCCAAUUUCUCCUCGCGUGUUGUGUGUGCCUUGUCUGUCGCUUGUCGGUUGGCUGGGCUGCACUUACUGACGGCCAUUUGUUUGAUGUUGUAUGUGAUGUCGACGAGGUGCUUGUCGCCGAACUCGGGCCACCUGUCGUCCGUCACCAGCAGCACCGUCCGCACACCAUCACACUCAGCCGCACUCUUGGCACCCUCCACCGCCCGCGGCCCAGCCACCAACACAUCAAACUGCACACACACACACACACACACACACACACACACAGAGGCGCCCUUUGCACGAUAGAAGAAGAUCUAUGUGCGCUGGCCGUGAGUGGCCGUGAGUGCAGUGCUUUGGUUGGCUUACGUACCACUUCGCCCAUUUGCUGUGCGGCCGCGAUGCACUCCCUGGUACCCUGUGUGAGGUCGCCAUUCUUGACGUCGGCAAUCACCAACGACGAGAUGAAACGGCGCCGGCCGAAGGCAAUGAAGGGUGCAACAGGCUGCAAACCAAACCACAUCCGGCGCAACACACAAGCACAAGCAGAGCUGCAGAUCUGCUGUGUGCCUAUGGACGCUUGUUCCCUGCUCACCGGUGGCAGUGCUGCCGAUGAGAGGGCAGCCGUGCUUCGGGCCAGGCUCCUUCCAAGCCCCACCAAGGCCGCCAUUCUUGCUCCACGGCCUCAAAAAACAGAAAGGUCAGGUCGAGAGCAAGCAAGGAAGCCGGCGCUGACAGGCAGACACGCUCUCGUCC